AUAACCAGCAACUGGAUGUCCAUUCCCAGACUCGCAUCACUCACAAGACACCUCGCCCCACGCAGACUACUUGCAACCAUGAGCACUAUCGACAUCCCCAAGACACAGAAAGCCAUCCAAGUCGAUAAAGUGGGAGGCCCGGAGGUUAAUGUGCUUAGGGAGAUUCCUGUCCCUACUCCCAAGGAUGACGAGGUCUUGAUCAAGGUCCAGUGGAGCGGCGUAAACUACAUCGACAACUACUUCCGAAGUGGUGUCUACCCCAAGCAAUUCCCCUACACCGCCGGCCAAGACGCCGUCGGCACCCUCCUCACCACCCCUUCCAAGCCUUCGGCGCCCUUUGACAUUCCCGUCAGAUCGACCGUCUUCACUCUUUCUGGUGCCGCCUGGGCAGAGUACAUUGUCGCUCCCGCUGCCCGCGUUGGUCUUCUCCCAGACUUCAUUGACAAGAAAGACGGUGUUUCCCUGGCCACCAUCGGUCUCACUGCGCUCACGCUUACUAAAGACAGUUAUCCCGUGCAAAAGGGUGAUUGGGUCUUGAUCCGAGCGGCAGCAGGGGGCGUCGGGCUCGUCCUAACGCAGGUUGUGAAGUACCUUGGCGGGCAUGUCAUUGGCGAAGUAUCCACCCCGGAGAAGGCCGAACUUGUGAAGAAGCACGGUGCGGACGUGGUGCUCCUCAGUACAGACAAGAGCGAGGACAACGUUAAGAAGAUCCUGGAGCUUACUGAUGGGGGUGUGCAUGCGGUGUAUGAUGGUGUGGGUCAGGCGACUUGGGAGCAAGACUUUGAGGUCGUUAGGAGGAAGGGCACGAUUGUGACUUUUGGGAAUGCCUCGGGUGUUGUACCUCCCUUCGCUCCCACCAAACUCUCCCCCAAAGCACUCAAAGUCACUCGCCCCACAGUUUUCGCCAUCAUCCAAACCGCCGAAGAGUUCAAAAACUAUACUGCCGAGCUCGUUGAGAUUGUGCAGAAGGCUCACAUCAAGUUUGAGGUUUACAAAGAGUACCCGUUCUCGGCUGAGGGUGUUAUCCAGGCGGAGAAGGAUAUUCAAGGACGCGGGACUACUGGGAAACUCCUUAUCAAGAUCUCGGAUUGAAGCAAUAGUCUACUGCGUCGUACGAGCUUACCAAGGAGGACCUUGUCGUGACUUGUCGCUUCUUUACUGUCGAGGGAUAUGAAUAAGAAGAAUCGAAAAGGAAUCAGCUGCAGCAGGACCGCUGAUGUGAUGUCUGAUAAUGCAGCCGUGCUGAACGAGUAUGUCCGGGAUGUCCAGCGCAAUCCUAUAAGGGUAGGGAUA